AUGGUAAUGGAACCGGUUGCAUUAUCGCAUAUUCAACGACGUCGACCAAAAUCGUCCCUCUAUCAAGCAAUGGUGUUAUCGACACCAUCAAUUGCAAUAUCACAACGGCCGAGUUUUAUUCAAUAUAUUUUAGUGAAAACAUUUGGUUAUUUAGCGCCCUAUUUUCGUUUAUCACUCAGUGGUAAUAAAGAUAAAAAGGAAUACUCUUCAGAUAAGAGUGAAGUCGAAAAAUAUCGAGUUGAUACAUUAGUUUAUGAUCGCUGGCCAGCAAGUACAGUUUCAAUGUUUUUACAAUUACGUUAUGAAUUUGAAAGUACUAUAAUUGUGUUUCCCGUUCCAACACUUAUUCAACACGGUAGCAAAGAUACAACCACACCUGUCAAACUUGUUCAUACAUUUGUUUCCUAUGGUUCCAAUAUGACAGUUUUAAAACCGUUAGGAAAACCGUCCAGGUAAAACCGUGCUAGUAAAAUCGACUACUUUGAAAGGGAAGAAAAACGCCAGCUCCUCCAGGAAUCGAACCUGUUACGCUUGGCGAGUAUGAAUUAUGAGACCAAGACACAAACCACUGAACUGAGGAACUUACAAAAGUAUGUCUUCGCACUGCAUGCUCAUCAUGUUCUCGGGCAGACUUCUAUAAAAACUCAACACCCUGCGAAAAGUUAUUGCUGUUGAAUUUGUUAAGCUCCUCGCUAUCCCUAGAAGCGUUCCCACUUCAUUUCGCGGCAAGAAUACAGCCUCAUCUUGCCGCGAUUUUGACAAGAAAUUUGAAACUUAACGCGGGAUCCAUACCGCGAUCGUACCUGAUCUUACUAUUUUUCCCGUGUAACGAAAAUUUGACAAUCUUGACGCGAAAAGUUUUUGGACGGGAUCGCGCUGAAGUCCUACAAAGAUUGCAAUGGGAUCCGGACAAGAUCGUACCAAGAUCCCGAUAUGAUUAGAACAAGGUUGCAGGAAGGCUGAGAAAGGUUUGCAACCGCUUAUCUGAUUGUAUUUACAUUCUUUCGAUGGUUUAAUCUCUUUUCCACCAAAUUUCAUCAUGUUUUACUCGAUAUUUUCUUCGAGAACAUGAAGUAAGUAGAGAUUUUCGCCUAGAACACCUUCAGAGUACACAGCAAUUUAUUUUUUUUGUUUUGAGUUAUAAGUUCCAUUUCAUUUCAACGUUACAAAGUUGAACUAUUAUUGAUUUGCUCAUCUAAAGUGUGAUAUUGUUUUUGCCGGUGAAAAGUUUUAUCUCAGAUGUAUCUUUAGCCUCUUCGUCGGUGUAUUUUUCAGUUCCGAUUCGAAACGUUACUGCCGUUGAAUUUCAGAAUAGAAGUGAGAGGGACUGUCUUUGUGUCUCAUCUGUGAGUUGUGUCAAUAAAGUAACGUUUGCCGUAUGUGAAGAAAACACUCACUCUUGAACUUUCAGUGAAUGUGUAUCUGUAGACACGUGCCACUCGGUUCAGUUCGCUGCUAGAGCCAAUCUAGCGUCCUGUGAUUGAGAUGCUCUGGCUGUGCCGCUAUGCUCUGUGCAUCAAACAGGAUCGAAAUGUUCGUUGAUAUAUUCUGAAAGACUCAAACGGCAAAGCGAUCUAACACCGAGGUAACCCACAAUUUGUGAUAUUUCAACCUUGUGCAUUUCUCUUACUGUUGUGACUUUUCAUUCUGAGAUCUCUGCACAGUCAACGUAUUUAACUGAACCUACACAUCGGAGAAGACUUUAGAUUUGAUGCAUUGUCGGAGAAAGAAUAUUCUCUUUCGAUUCUAAAACUGUCAAGAAGAAAAUAGUUCAACUUUCAGACAAAAAAAUUAAUUUUCCUCUCCGAAUGUUCUUCUCUCUCGAAAAUUACUGUGUACUUACUAAAGACAAUAGUCAAACAGUUAGUCUAUUUUCAUUAACUACAACAAAACCCAAAAAAUCCUUGGAGAAAAACACUCGUUGCACUGCGUUAAAAAGUUAAGAAAUGACUAUAAUUGACUUGUAUUGUAUAUCUAUUACACAUGUAUGUUAAAAGAGAACAAAGAAUAAACAUAGUGGACGAUGAUAUACGCACACUGUCUGUCUGUUUUUCUUCUUCUAUCGACGAAUGGACGAAAUAAAAAAAUUAGAGUUUUCUCUUUUAGCGUAUCUUUAUGUUUUUCUUGAUGUCGCAUACAGAUCACCUUUUCUUUUCUAUAUGUAUCCUCAUGUCUGACAUACACAUAUCUACAUGCGACAUCAAGAAAAACAUAAAGAUACGCUAAAAGAGAAAACUCUAUUACAUCGUUAC